AGAGGCAAUAUCAAAAGCCAAAAGCAAAAUUUACGUUUCCCGUGACGAUUGUCCAAUCCGACAUUUAGAACAUGUAAUGGCUACAGUGAGUUUUAAUUACUCAUGCUGUAGAGGAGCAGUUGAGGUAUACCUGGUGUCGCCCAGUCGGACCAAAGUAGUUCUGCUUCCUAAACGAUACAACGACGCACGCUUCACAUUAACUACAUCAGGCAUCUUUACUUGGACUUACAAAGUUGUUCAUUUAUGGGGAGAAAAUCCUUUAGGAAAAUGGAAAGUUUUACUAAAAUUAAACAGCAUGAUAGCUAGAGCGGAACUUAAGGAGUGGUAUCUUACUUUCUAUGGAACAUCAUCAAAUCCAAGGAGGGGAUAACAACCUGUCUAUCACGGUAACAAUAUGU